CCUUAUUCAUCGUUGAAGUUUAUAUGUUACGAAUGAUUAUCGUUACAUGUAAUUAAUCAUUCAUUGAGUUAUUAUUUAAUUGUAAUUGAACAGCUAUAUCCGGAUAAUAUAAUUGCGAGUUAACCACAUAAACGAAGGCAGGUUUGCAUGCACCAGUGAUCAGUUCUGUAAUAUUAAGUCCAAUAUUUUUUUUGAAAGCUGAUGUUUUUCCAAUACCUUGGUCGGGUAGCAUGUAAGCUCCCUGCAUCUUUUCUUUGGCUAAUUCUUUGGAACCGGUGGAUCCAGUUUUAUCCCUCUCCUUCUUUCUUCUUUUAGAAACGUGUUGAGUCUAUCCACUUACCUCUUUGUUAGUUUUCCUUACGAACAGCACACAUUAGCUAACCUUCAAGCGCAUUUGUGAUAUUUUUUUAUGAAGUGAACGAGAUUGGCACGGUGCGGGGGUCGCGCAUUGGGUGGAAAAGUUGACUUUGCGCGCUGCAAAGGAAGUAGUCUGUAAUCAAAUGAGCUUUAGGAUAGAUGCGCUCUUCCUAACUUUUCUCAUUCAGUGCAAGAUCAGUUCGUGGAUUGAUCAAUUUAUUGCCUCUGCCAGUAGCCUUGAGUGUUUCCUCAUGCUUUGUUUUGAAAAUGACUUGAAUGAAAACGGUAACUGAGGCAAACUGGUGUUUUUUCAGUUAUUAUUUUUACUAUUUAAAAAAAGAAAGAAAAUUCACGGCAUCUGAUAGAUAUACACUAGGCUAUUUAAAUUAGCAUUAUAUAGGGAGGUGACAACCAGAAAUCACCUUGGUGGAUAUCAUCGAAACAGUACGCAUUUGCGCAGGGGGGACAACGAAAGGUAACGGAGAUUGCCCUCCCAGGAAGGAGAACUCGAGAAUGUCGGUGGACCUGUUGGCAAACACACCCAACGGACUGGAGCCUCAGGGUCCUAAGUCGCCCAGCGAAGUGACCAUCAAGCAGGAAGAGGGCACGGGAGACGAAGCAGACAGGAAAAGCACAGCACCAGAGGACAUGACCCAUAGUGGGGAGGAAGGAUCGGGACUGGAGGAGCCCAUGACUGACAGCCCCAACAACCUACAGGAUGGUGUGUCUGGGUCUGAUGGAGUAAGCGACGCAGACAAUCGGCUACAAAAUGGCGAUAGGCCGUUCCAGUGCAACCAGUGUGGGGUCUCCUUCACCCAGAAGGGAAAUCUCCUGAGGCACAUCAAGCUGCACACGGGUGAAAAGCCCUUCAAGUGCCCCUUCUGCAGCUACGCCUGCAGACGCCGCGACGCACUGAGCGGCCACCUGCGCACACACUCAGUUGGCAAACCGCACAAGUGCAACUACUGCGGACGCAGCUACAAACAGCGCACGUCUCUGGAGGAGCACAAGGAGCGUUGCCAUAGCUACCUGCAGAGUGUUGGCAUGGAUCCCACCUCUAACUCAGGACCAGGUGAAGCCACCAAAGAGCACAGGCCACCAGCAGAGGCCUCUGUCAUGGCAACCUUUGAUCGUCCGCCCGUCAUUGAGAGGUUGCAGAACGUGGGGAAGAGGAAGAGCAGCAAUCCCCAGAAGUUUGUUGGUGAGAAGAUUGUUCGCUAUGGCUACCCUGAGCUAAACUAUGAGAUGGGUAUGAAAUAUGAAAAGGAAGCUGAGAUGAUGCAGGCCCACAUGAUGGACCAGGCUAUCAACAAUGCCAUUUCCUACCUGGGCGCCGAUUCCAUCAGGCCUCUUGUCCAUCACCCUCGCCCACACCCCCAUCCUGGCACUCCCCUCUCCAUGGCAGAGGUAGUGCCCAUGGUCAACCCCCUCUUCUCCCAUGUGUACUCCGCCAUGGGGCCCCGCAUGGAGCGGCCCAGCAGCCGUGACGUCCCCCACAUGCCCGUGCCCCUGCCUCCCCCUGACUAUCCCCCCUCCUCCAAUGGUCCGGUGUCCUUGACCAGGCCCAAACACCCCCCAGCCGUCCGGGGGGAAUCGCCUAGCAACAGUGGCUUGGACUCAGCCGACUCCGCCCGCAGCAGUCCCCAGGAGAGGCUGGGUUACCAUGCCAACCUGCCCCAUCCCAGGUCCCGGCCCAGUCCAGUUUAUGGCAGAGAGGAGAGGCGGGCGGCCGAGGCAGGCCUGACACCGGAGGUGGUGAGAGGGGGUGGCGAGCGCCCCGUGAGCCAGGACGGUGUGCGUGUGAUUGGGCGUCAGGGACAGGAAGUCAGGGUGUUCCAGUGUGAGCACUGUCGUAUCCUUUUCCUGGACCAUGUCAUGUAUACCAUCCACAUGGGAUGCCAUGGCUACAGGGACCCCCUGGAGUGCAACAUCUGCGGCCAUCGUAGUAAGGACCAUUACGAGUUCUCUUCCCACAUUGUGCGUGGGGAACACACCUUCCGGUAAAGAGAGGGUGGGAGAGAGGGAGGAGAGAGGAGCCAUAGUCCGUCCCCAACACAUACAUAACCUCCAGGAAGGAAAAAACUGAAACUUUUGUAGCAAAAUAGUUACCUGUGAUUUUUCUGAUGAAUCAAACAAUUAUAUGAAGGUCUGGGCCAAAUACACAGUUCAUUUUUCUAUGGUGGGUGAAUCUGUACUUGUUAUUUGUGUCUACAUGUAUUUUUAUUUGUAUUUGAAAGCAAAAAGAAAACAUUUACUUUGCUGUGGUGUCCGUGUGGAUGUAACAAAGUAGCUUUAACUAUGAUUCGAUAAGGACAGUCAUUUAUUUCUUAAUAUCUCCACAUUAGCUCUGCUGGUGCUCAAGGGCUUUAUACCUAGCCUCAUGUCAGUUCAGUCCACACCUGACCUGAAAUGGACACACCAAAUCUGGGCUCAACCAGCACAUCAUGGCUGGUUCACAUAACGGCCCUAGGAAUGAAGAGGACAUCUUUUCUAAAGCUGGUCCAGAGCUCAGUGACAGCAGCUACAUGUCAAAUAAUAUUCAGAGAUUCACCAGCCACAUGUUGCCUAGUUGACAUGCUAUUGUUUCUUUAGUAUUUAUGUGUGCGUGCAUGCAUGCGUGCGUGUAUUUGCAUGCACUGUGGAAAAGGAUACUGCUUGGCACAGUACGCUGUGCACUUUAGUAUGUAGCACUGCUGGGGGGAAACUCAGCCUAUCCACAAUUGAAAUGCCAAUGUUGGAUUAUCUUGGUGCACUUGGACAUAUGCAUAUGUAUUCUGCUCUUAAAAAAAACAGUUUUGCUGACAAACAAAAUGUACUGUUGCACUGGUGAUCAUGCAGUACAUUGUAUUUUGUCACAAAUUAGACUCUACUUUAUCUGUUUUCAUCCUGGUGGUCUUAGCUAUCUCAUGGGGGCAAUUCUUUCAAUUUGUUGUGUGGAAAGGUAUUGUGUUUGAUCAAGGCAGCUCUUUUCAGUUUACAUCUCAGCGAUAUUGACAAAAGUAUAAAGUUAUACUGCUAUGGCAACUGCUUACUAUUACCAUCAAUCAAGUAUUGGCACUGGAACUUGUUUACAGUUUGCAACAUGCUAUUACUCCACAUUCAUUUAAUGCAUUAUUGUUCUAAGGGGUUUGUCCUGUAGUUUUAUAUUUAAUCAAGUCUAAUUUAGACUAAAUGUAUAUUAUACUGUAUUCAAACUAACAUUUUACUAUAUUACAAUAUUACAGAUCUGACAGCCUGUUUUAAGGACUUCCCUGUUUACAUGAAGGGAACACUUUGAUGACAAGGUGAAGGUCAUUCAUAAUAUGAUUUAGACGGCUACACUGUAAGGAAUAUAUCCAUUGCCUGUGCAAGUGAGAGUUUACAGAAAACAGCGAUAACAUAAAUAUUUGCGUGUGUGUGGUGUGUGUGUGUGUGUGUGUGUGUGUGUAUGAAGGGCUUUUCUGGAAUGCACUCUUAGCUUAUAAAGUGUUCUACUCUCCUAUCCAUACAUCAGGGGCUAGACUCAUGUUUAGGAAUUUCAUUGCCUAAUCUUUAACAGAAAGUUGUGUCCUUACAGCCUACAGUCAUCAAUAUGAACAAAGAGAGCGGGGAGAAAAGGUGAUGUUACCCACUCCUUACUUAGGAUACUUGAAGCAUCAUGAUUGAUGAUUUUGAUCAAAUAUCUAUAAACACCUAUUUUCUUUGUAAAUGUAAAACAGGAAUUGGAAUAUUGUGUUUCUACUCUUAAGUACUAACCAUUGAAUUGUUAAAAAAAAUGGUUUGGAAUGUAUUUUUUUAUAAAAUAAUAUAUGAGAACAAUGUAUAUUUUGGCACAUUGAAGUUGUGAAAUGAUUUGACGUUGAUGAUUACUGAUGUGGGGGCUCUCAGGUAUCUGUCGCCUAUGUGCUUUUGUAUGACUUUUGAGGUUUAUAUAGCUCCAAAAAAAUAUAUAUCCUAUAUUUGGACAUUUUGGGUAACUUUCGAUGAAGCGAUAUUGUUAUUAUUGUGAUUAAAACAAAUGUAUAUGGAGGAGAGUUCUUUGGUAUUGCCGAAAUCCACUUUACUGAAGAGUUCGAGUUUUCAGUAUCCUUGACUUGACAUGAAGAUACUGUGCUGUACAUAGUUGAAUGUUUGUUCAAAUGGCAUUGGCUUUUCUCUAUUAAAGUAUUCAUUUUA